AUGCGAAAUAGCACAAGCUCCCGAAAAAAGACGACAUCCCUUGCCGACAACGGUGAUGGCUGUAAACAAAUGAAUGCCAUUUGCAAAGCAUCAGCUGGCAACACAGCUUUCAUGGAGUUCAACGACGGCGUUGGUGGUCCGGUAAUCGACGAGACAGUCACGUCUCUGCUGACAUGUGGUGACGAUAUGAAAUGGUACUUCACCCACAUGGGAUCGUCGCUGUGA